CCUCCAGCCCGGGUUUUCCUUGCAACGCGGAUGGGAAGCCUCUCCAAGGAGGGGAGCCGAUCCCUCGCUCUCCUCGCUUCGGUUGCAGCAACGGCGGCGGAGAUGGACGUCCAGGCGGGGCCCACCCCUUCCAACCGGGCCAGGAGACCCUUUCCUUGGAUCCUUGGGGAGCCGUCGGUGGAGAUCUUGGCGACCUGAUCCCCUUCUGGAUCCCCCCUCCUGCCUUCUUCCCCCCGCCGUCCUUUUACGCACCGGAAGGCAAUCCUUUUACGCACGGAGGUGGGGGGUCUCUCUUUCUCUCUUUGGGGAGGGGGCUUGCAGGCCUUUGGGAGGGGGGCUUCCAGUAGGGAAGGAAGAGGAGGGUCUUCCCUUUCAGGAGCACCUGCUCCCAUCCCUUUCUUGGCUUGGAUGCGGCUUCAGGCUUGAGUCAAACCCAGGACCGGUUUUUGGUGCCAUGCAAUCCUUUUACGCACGGAGGCCAACGGCGUGGGUCUCUUUCUCUCCUUGGGGAGGGGGUUUGCAAUCCUUUGGGAGGGGGGUUCUCAAUAGGGAAGGAAGAGGAGGCUCUCCUCUUUCAGGGGCACCUGCUCCCAUCCCUUUCUUGGCUUGGAUGCGGCUUCAGGCUUGAGUCAAACCCAGGUCGGGUUUUUUUGGUGCCAUCACAAAAGAGGAGGCUUCAUGGUCAUCCUUUUACGCACGGAGGCCAACUGUGUGGGUCUCUUUCUCUCCUUGGGGAGGGGGUUCGCAAUCCUUUGGGAGGGGGGUUUCCAAGUGGGAAGGAAAAGGAGGCUCUUCCCUUUCAGGAGCACCUGCUUCCAUCCCUUUCUUGGCUUGGAUGCGGCUUCAGGCUUGAGUCAAACCCAGGUCGGGUUUUUGGUGCCAUCACAAAAGAGGAGGCUUCAUGGUCAGCUCUUUGGAUGCUUCUUCUUUGCUUCCAAGCUCUUGAAACAACCAACCCAGACAAAGAAAACCUUGAUAUUUUGAUUUUAGGAAGGAAAAACUCUUGUUAUUAUUAUUGAGGAAAGGACACCCCAUUUUUUCUUCCCCGAGCAUGGCUUCAGUGUCUCCAAAGCUGUCUCCUUUUGGGCACAUUUGGGACAUUCAAUGCCCUUUUGAGCGAAUCGAGGACGCGGUGUCGAUGGUGGAGGUGGCUUAAGCUCGGCCACAUUGUUGGUUCACAUCUUUGGGCCCGCCAAAGGAUCUGACGUGUGAGUCACGACACUGCUGCAGUCGUGGGCUGCUUCCCCGUGGUUCGCAUCAACAGCAUCGAGGAUUGCGCACGAGAGAAAGGUACCAAACUUGUUUCGAGAUGGACGUGGAGAUGUUCCUUUGGGUAUCUCCAGACAGCAAUGCUUGGAUUGUUUCCCAGGCAAAACCAGCGUGUGCAAGUUGACUGCGUUCCCUUUUUUGAUCCCUUCCCACCUCCAAACUCUCCUUGUGAAGGAGCCCAGCUGUGCAAACGGCGGACCUGCCAAGGACAGGCAAUGUGUGCUCACCUUCGGGGCCCGCCACCUGCUGCCGUUGCCGAAACCAGGUGGAGAGCCAGCCCUUCUGCUUCUCUUCUGGACUGAGUCGCCCAAGGUGCACCUCCCUAGUCGGGACGUUCUUUGAUGGCUUCUCUGCGGAGAGUGAAAGUCCUGCUGGUCUUGAACCUCCUCGCCGUGGCGGGCUUCGUCCUCUUCCUGGCCAAGUGUCGGCCCAUCGCGGCGAAGCAUGGGGAGGCCUUCCACGAGAUGCGGCCCAGGCCGGGAGCCGCCAAUCUCUCCAACGUCCCCGUCCAGGAUGCCGUCUUGAAGAGACUGUCUCUCCUCGAAGACAUUGUCUACCGCCAGCUCAACGGUCUGUCCAAAUCCUUGGGGCUCAUUGAAGGCUAUGGUGGCCGCGGCAAAGGUGGCUUACCUGCCACCCUUUCCCCCGGGGAGGAAGAGAAAGCAAAGGGACCCCAUGAGAAAUAUGGCUACAAUUCCUACCUGAGUGAAAAAAUAUCACUGGACCGCACCAUCCCAGAUUAUCGGCCAACCAAGUGUAAAGAGCUGAAAUACCCAAAGGAUCUCCCACAGAUUUCGAUUAUUUUUAUCUUUGUGAACGAGGCGUUAUCUGUCAUCCUGCGUUCAGUUCACAGCGCGGUGAAUCACACUCCGGCCCACCUGUUGAAAGAGAUCAUUCUUGUAGAUGACAACAGCGACGAAGAGGAAUUGAAGGCACCACUAGAAGAAUACGUCAAUAAGCGGUACCCUGGCCUCGUGAAAGUGGUACGAAACCGGAAAAGGGAAGGCCUGAUCCGGGCUCGCAUUGAAGGAUGGAAAGUUGCGUCGGGCCAGAUCACCGGCUUCUUUGAUGCUCACGUCGAAUUCACAGCAGGCUGGGCUGAGCCUGUUCUCUCACGAAUCCAGGAAAACCGAAAAAGAGUCAUCCUUCCCUCUAUUGAUAAUAUCAAGCAGGAUACGUUUGAGGUGCAACGCUAUGAAAAUUCAGCCCACGGAUACAGUUGGGAACUUUGGUGCAUGUACAUCAGUCCCCCGAAGGAUUGGUGGGAUGCUGGAGAUCCUUCCUUGCCAAUCAGGACUCCGGCUAUGAUAGGAUGCUCUUUUGUGGUCAACCGACAGUUCUUUGGUGAAAUUGGUCUUCUCGAUCCAGGAAUGGAUGUUUACGGUGGAGAGAAUAUCGAGCUCGGAAUCAAGGUAUGGCUCUGCGGUGGUAGCAUGGAAGUCCUUCCCUGUUCUCGGGUUGCGCACAUUGAACGCAAGAAGAAGCCGUACAACAACAACAUUGGCUUCUACACAAAGAGGAAUGCCUUGCGGGUGGCCGAGGUGUGGAUGGACGAUUACAAGUCUCAUGUGUACAUUGCGUGGAAUCUGCCUCUGGAGAACCCAGGAAUUGACAUUGGAGACGUUUCUGAGCGAAAAGCCCUCCGGAAAAAUCUGAGGUGUAAAAACUUCCAGUGGUAUCUGGACCAUGUCUACCCAGAAAUGAGAAGAUAUAAUAAUACAGUCGCCUAUGGAGAGCUACGCAAUAACAAAGUGAAAGAUGUCUGCCUGGAUCAAGGACCGCAGGAAAACCACACCGCAAUCCUAUAUCCAUGUCAUGGAUGGGGACCUCAGCUUGCCCGCUAUACCAAAGAAGGAAUUCUUCAUUUGGGUGCCCUUGGGACCACAGUCCUCUUGCCAGACACUCGCUGCUUGGUGGAUAAUAUGAAGAGCCGAUACCCUCAGCUCCUCGACUGUGACAAAGUGAAGAGCAGCCUGCACAAGCGGUGGAGUUUUAUCCAGCACGGUGCGAUUCUAAACAAAGGGACAGGACGCUGCUUAGAAGUUGAGAACAAAGGCAUUUCAGGUAUGGAGCUCAUUCUUCGGAGCUGCACAGGACAAAGGUGGACCAUUAAAAAUAUUAUCAAUUAAAAUAAAAAUGAAGGAAGACUUCACAAGUGUCGACGUCUUUCAACAAACUCUGCUCUGUUCAGAAUAUCAGGGAAGACUCUUUAUGGGAAGGGAAGAUUUUCAUUUUUUAACUCAAUUACCUCUCUGCCGACACCAACAAGGUGGCUGAAAUAAAAAUAAAUCCUCUCCAUGUGAAUAUUUCAUCACGGGAAAUGCAAGACAUUUCGCAAGGACUGUAACUUAGGCGUGUGAAAUGCUUCCGUUUUUUUUUUUUAGCAGUGAGAAUGUUUUGCUCCCAACGGAACGGGAGAGGGAGGAAUCACAAAUGUAAUCGCAACCCUUUCUCCGGAACGACUUUGAAUAAAUUCUCAAGCUUA